AGGCGCUGUGAUUGAGCCGCUGCGGUGUCAGGGGUACGAAGGUUGGUACGAGGCUGCAUGGCGCCUGCGGGGAUUGGCUCCCUGUCAGUGUAAGGACAAGUCCGCUGUUAGAGGCGACAUGGGCUCCGGGUGGCGGCGGGUGUGUGACUCUUUGCAAGACCCAUGGAAGGUGGCUCGUUUCCAGCAGCUGUGCGGGGUGGAAUCGUACUUCCCCAGCGGCGAGGCGCAACCUAACGGGACUUUCCCCGGGGAGCCUGAGGACGCCGGGCCCAGGCACCGUAAGGACUGCCAAGCCAAUGGCACCGCGCACCCAGCGCUCCCGCAGGACAAGAAGAAGCCCCAGCGCCGCAAUUCCCUCACCGGCGAAGUGGGCCAGGAAUUCCUCAUCCGGAACCGGUUCUUGUAUUAUCUCUUCUGCCUGGGCACGGAGCUGGGCAAUGAGCUCUUCUACAUCUCAUUCUUCCCUCUCUGCAUAUGGAACAUAGACCCGGUGGUGGGCCGCAAGGUGAUCGUCAUCUGGGUGUGGGUCAUGUACCUGGGCCAGUGCACCAAAGACCUCAUCCGGUGGCCACGGCCCCCUUCCCCGCCCGUGGUGAAGCUAGAGGUUUUCUAUAACACGGAGUACGGUAUGCCCUCUACUCACGCCAUGUCUGGCACUGCCAUCCCCAUCUCCAUCCUCCUGCUCACAUACGGCAGAUGGCAGUAUCCAUUUACAUUUGGGCUGAUCCUUGCCUUAAUAUGGUGUUCCUUGGUGUGCCUUAGUCGUGUUUAUAUGGGAAUGCAUUCUAUACUGGAUGUCAUUGCUGGCUUUUUGUAUGCAAUUCUCAUUUUAAUUGUCUUCCAUCCAGCUCUGGAGAUUAUUGAUAAUUUCAAUUUAACGUACAAAUAUGCCCCUUUAAUUAUAAUAAGCCUUCACCUAGCAAUGGGAAUCUUCUCUUUUACCCUGGACACCUGGAGCACUUCCAGAGGAGAUACCGCUCAGAUUCUGGGUAGUGGCGCUGGAGUUGCAUGUGGAUCACAUUUUAAUUACAUGCUGGGCUUAAUGGUAGAUCCAACCCCCAAAGAACUGCCUUUCAUUCCUCCAUCUAUCACUGUGACACUGAUAGGAAAAGCCAUGCUCAAAUUUUUGAUUGGAGUGGUGGUUCUCUUACUACUUAGGGCAGCUAUGAAGAAAAUCUCCAUUCCUCUGGCUUGCAAGGUGUUUGGCAUUCCAUGUGAUGAUAUUCGGAAGGCGAGGCAAAGAAUGGAGGUUGAACUGCCCUAUCGCUAUAUAACAUAUGGAUUUGUUGGCUUUGGGGCCAUGGUUAUUGUCCCUUAUUUGUUAACCUGCAUUGGUCUCCAUUGACUUGAAUAAAUGUUUUUGGGCAGAAGACUUUUAACAGAUAACUCAAAAAAUGGAAGUGCUUGUGGCAAGCAAUUCUCUUUCUUCCUUUAUACAGACUUAUUUUAUUUCCUAGGAAUACUACUUUAUGCAAAGGCUUCUUUAGACCCUUUUGGUUGUUAAAUGUUUCACAGAGCAGGUAUAUUUCCAGACCAAAUUUUCAGUUUCAUUACUGUCAUGCGUCCAUUACAUGCCUUGUGUAAAAAAGCUAAAACAUUGCUGAGAAAUCUAAUACGGAUGUUUUUUCGGUACAAUGUAUAUAACAUUGCUUAACUGUGCCUUUUUUUUAGUUUAAACAAAAAAAAAUUAAUGCCAUGCAAACUGUGAUGUAAAGAUAUAUUCCAGAGAAUAAUUUUGAAUAUGGGCAUUGUGCGUAUUUCUGAGGACUUGUGAUUUUGUAAUUUAACUUCUGUGUGAUGAAAUUUAAUGUAAGAAAUGUGCCUAUCAGUGUCUGCCAACAUGCUGCACUUUUCAAAAUGUUAUUUCCCUUUAACUUCUAUGUUGUUGCAGCCUUGCAUCGGGUACAAAGGAACUGGCUUUGCUCUUUUGUUUUAAGCUCUCUGUUCUAUAACAGAAAAGAGGAGCUACAGAUGCCAGGUGUGCACACAAAUGUACAAAGUGUAUAAUUGUAGGGGCCUUUUGGCAAAACUUCUUUAUAAACCAAAAACGUUAGAAGCAAUAUAAAAAAAACUAGAGCCGUGGCUACCUUAACCCUGGAAUUUGUGAAGUCCUGCAUGUAAUAGUGUAUACUACCUGUAUAAAAUAAUAAUCCUAGAAAAUUGCACAGCUGUAAAUUGUGGACAACAAGAUUGUAGUCACUGUUGUGCAUUUCUUAAAAUAGAUAUAAUACACACAAAACUUAAAGGGGAACAAUCAUGAAAAUGUGCUGUCUGAAAAUCUUAUAUAGAAUAAGGCAUUUUCCUAAAUAUGUUGCUUUAUUUAUUUAUUUUUUUUGCACCAUGCAGAGCAAGCCAGGUUCAAGCCAGGUUUAAGCCAGAUUCAGAGCUCUGCACAGUGUAAAGAGGCAUGGAUAGCUAUAGAUGUGUGAUGCUGGUCUAUGAUGUCAGGAACAAGGAAGGACCAAGUAAAAGUUAGAAGAGCAAUGAUUGGUCCUUUAAAGUGGUUCCUCUAAUGCAGUCAUCCCCAACCAGUGCCUCAUGAGCAACAUGUUACUCCCAGUGACCUCAAAGCAGGUACUUAUUUUUAAAUUUCUAGCUUGGAGGCAAGUUUUGGUUGCGUAGAAACCCAGUGUACUGCAAAACAGAGUCUUGUAUAGGCUGCCAUAUAUAUUGCCAUGACAUAAGGGCUACCAAAUAGCCAAUCAUAGCACGUAUUUGGCACCCCCAGGAAUGUUUUCCAUGCUUGUGUUGCUACCCAACUCCCAACUCUUUUUACACUCAUAAAAAAAAAAAA